CGCUUAUUGGGCAGCGGAGGAGUCGCUCGCGGAGUCGGUAAUUUCGGCUGCUCCAGGGUGCUAAAUUUAUCUUCAGAAGAGCGACCGCGCCAGCCGCGAAUCGGAUGUCUGUGGAGGUGGCAUAGGCGAUAUCCCUGAACUGAGAGCGUCACCCUGUCCCCGAACCCUCCUUUCCUGUUUUAUUUUUCAUUCCCCGCUCCUCCCUCCUCACCCCAGUCCGCGACGACUGGCUCUUGACCCUGUCCAGGCCUCGGUGAAGGUGAGGACCGGAGCGGCCGCGGCGGCUGAGUGGUGCGCUCCGAAAUGGCCGCUGCCUGGAGCUGUCUAAAAUGGCGGCCGCAGGCCAGCUGGGGACCGCGGCGCUGCUCAGCAGCCCAGCCGCGGUGGACCGACCUCUCCGCCGCAGUAGAGAGAGUGUCGAGUGCUGAGACGUGUCCGUGCGGACGUUAGCCGAGGCGGCCGUCCGCCCGGGGACGCGCGAGAGGAGUUGUGUAGGCGAGGGUGGGCCCCGACAGGAAGCGCACCCAGAUGUGGCGGUCUGCGGGCGUCGCGCACCAGAGGCGAGGAGGAGCUGAGGGAUGGCUGUCACGGGCCACACAGCGAGGUGGCCGUCGCUGAAAGCAUGCAGGCUUUUGGUUACUCCCCUUCUACCCCAUCCCUUAAUUUUAUUCUUUUGAAGAGGCUGCAUUUCAAGAUGCCACCGUGGACAUUGUGAUUCCAGAAGGGAGUACACCUCAUUUCAGAAAAGGUGUGCCAUACCUGAGAGCACCAGGAAAUCGCAUGAGAGAUCAUCUGAUAGACGAACGUGUGAUGUUCCAUCUGCGCAUUGAUGCAUAGGCAGCAUUUACAAAUUAACUGAUGUGUUGCUAUAUAUCAUCUCUUUGAUGAUUGCUCGUCUUCUGUGUAUCCUGUCUUAUAAUUUCAACAAAUUUGUGAUACUCGAUGUUUAUUCUAAACUAACCAUGUUUUGUACCACAACUACAUUGCCUAUGGAUCUAUUGCCGAAACAAGGAAGUCUUAAACAAGAAGUAGAAUCAUUUUAUCAAAUUGUGUCUGAAUCAAAUGAUCAAAAAGUUGGAAUAUUACAACAUGAAGACCAACAGUUGCAGCCUUCAGUUUCUAAAAAAUCAGAAGAUGAGCUUUCCAGGGUCCAAUUUAUGUCCAGUUCCAACAAAAUAACAUUUAGUAAAAAACCAAAAAGAAGAAAAUAUGAUGAAAGUUAUUUAUCUUUUGGAUUUACUUACUUUGGAAAUAGAGAUGCACCUCAUGCUCAGUGUGUGUUAUGUAAGAAAAUUUUAUCAAAUAGCUCUUUGGCCCCUAGUAAGCUUCGAAGACAUUUGGAAACUAAACAUGCUGCAUAUAAAGACAAAGACAUAAGCUUUUUCAAGCAACAUCUUGAUUCACCUGAAAAUAAUAAACCCCCACCACCAAAAAUUGUCAAUACAGAUAAUGAAAGUGCUACAGAGGCAUCAUACAAUGUAAGUUACCAUAUAGCCCUGAGUGGAGAGGCUCAUACUGUUGGAGAAUUGCUUAUAAAACCUUGUGCAAAAGAUGUUGUGAUGCGCAUGUUUGAUGAACAAUACAGUAAAAAAAUAGAUGCAGUGCAACUAUCAAACAGUACUAUUGCACGCCGAAUUAAGGAUCUGGCUGCUGACAUUGAAGAAGAGCUUGUUUGUAGGCUGAAAAUUUGUGAUGGGUUUUCUCUGCAACUAGAUGAAUCAGCUGAUGUUUCAGGACUUGCUGUGCUGCUUGUGUUUGUUCGUUAUCGUUUUAAUAAGUCUAUUGAGGAAGACCUACUCUUAUGUGAAUCUUUGCAAAGCAAUGCUACUGGUAAAGACAUUUUCAACUGUAUCGACAGUUUUAUGCAGAAACAUGAAAUUGAAUGGGAAAAAUGUGUUGAUGUUUGUAGUGAUGCUUCUAGAGCAAUGGAUGGGAAAAUUGCUGAGGCUGUCACCUUGAUAAAGUAUGUGGCUCCUGAAAGUACCAGUAGUCACUGCCUAUUAUAUAGACAUGCACUGGCAGUUAAAAUAAUGCCUACAACUCUGAAAAAUGUGCUAGAUCAGGCAGUACAAAUCAUCAAUUAUAUUAAAGCUCGACCACAUCAAUCCAGACUACUAAAAAUUUUAUGUGAAGAAAUGGGUGCCCAGCACACAGCCCUUCUUCUAAAUACAGAGGUGAGGUGGCUUUCCCGAGGAAAAGUUCUUGUAAGACUUUUUGAGCUUCGCCGUGAACUGUUGGUUUUCAUGGAUUCUGCUUUUCAGCUAUCUGAUUGUUUAACAAAUUUAUCUUGGCUGCUAAGACUUGCAUAUCUUGCAGAUAUUUUUACUAAAUUAAAUGAGGUUAAUCUGUCAAUGCAAGGAAAAAAUGUGACAGUUUUUACAGUGUUUGAUAAAAUGUCAUCAUUGUUAAGAAAAUUGGCAUUUUGGGCCUCAUCUGUAGAAGAAGAAAACUUUGAUUGUUUUCCUACACUCAGUGACUUUUUGACUGAAAUUAAUUCCACAGUUGAUAAAGAUAUUUGCAGUGCCAUUGUACAGCACCUAAGGGGUUUGCGCUCUACUCUGUUAAAAUAUUUUCCUGUAACAAAUGAUAAUAAUGCUUGGGUUAGAAAUCCAUUUACAGUAACUGUUAAACCAGCCUCAUUAGUAGCACGGGAUUAUGAGAGCCUGAUUGACUUAACAUCUGAUUCUCAAGUGAAACAAAAUUUCAGUGAACUUUCCCUAAAUGAUUUUUGGAGUAGCCUAAUUCAAGAGUACCCAAGCAUUGCAAGGCGUGCAGUUCGUAUACUUCUUCCUUUUGCUACCAUGCACCUGUGUGAAACAGGGUUUUCAUAUUAUGCUGCAACAAAAACGAAAUAUAGAAAAAGGCUUGAUGCUGCACCUCAUAUGCGGAUCCGACUUAGCAACAUUACACCUAAUAUUAAGCGGAUAUGUGAUAAAAAGACACAAAAACACUGUUCUCAUUAAAAUUGAAGGGUUUUGCAUGUCUCGUGAUAACCAAAUAUAAGAGGAAAAUAAAAUAUGAUGUACUU